GUUCCAUAAAUGUAAGAAGAAUGCAAAUAGAGAAGACAGAUAAAUUCAGCUAAAUUUAGACCCAACCUCACCGACGUUUUGAAAGUUAAUUCUUUAAAUCAGAGUGGUAGAAUAUGUCGUGGGUACUGCGUAGAUACCUUUCCAGUCGGCUGAUAUGUCCGGCAUGCGUUCACCAGACCAGUCACCCAGCCCGGCUCCUGUCCUCCCAGUCUGCAAGCACCCCUAGGGUAUGCAUCAUUGGCAGUGGACCUGCUGGAUUCUACACAGCACAGUCACUGCUCAAGGGUGACAAGUCAUUACAUGUAGACAUCUACGACCGUCUUCCAGUACCCUUUGGCCUUGUUAGGUAUGGUGUGGCACCAGAUCAUCCAGACGUAAAGAAUGUCAUCAACCAGUUUACAACACUCGCCACAGCCGGUCGAUGCAACUUUAUAGGUGGGGUCAGCAUAGGCAAAGAUAUACAGGUCAAGGAACUUUUAGAUGCCUACAGUGCUGUUGUAUUGAGUUAUGGUGCUGAAAGUGACAAGAUGCUGAACGUACCGGGAGAAGAUUUACCAGGGUUCUACUCUGCUAGAAAGUUUGUUGGCUGGUACAAUGGACUUCCAGAACAUUCAACGCUCGACCCAAUGAUGGAUACAGAUACAGCUGUAGUGAUAGGUCAUGGUAAUGUUGCAUUAGAUGUAGCCAGGAUACUCCUCACUCCUUUAGACAUAUUAAAGAAAACUGACAUCACUGCGGAUGCCAUUGAAGCCUUGAAGCAUAGUAAAGUGAAGAAAGUUCACGUCGUGGGGAGGAGAGGUCCUCUCAACAUCUCAUUUACGAUCAAAGAACUGAGAGAAAUGAUCAAGCUGCCAGACUGUCGGACUUCCAUCAAUCCAGAACACUUUGCAGGACUUGAGACGAUCAUUCCAGAAUUACCCAGGCCAAAGAAACGUAUCACAGAACUCCUGCUGAAAUCUGCCCAGAGCGCCCCCUCCAGUCAAGAAAAGGCCAGGCAGGAUGCAGCCUCGGGGGAAUGGCACUUGGAUUUCUUCCGCAGUCCCUCUGAAGUCCUGUCUUCGAGCCCCUUGGGAGAGAAUGGUAGAGUCGCUGGCGUUCAGUUUGACGUCUGCAAAUUAGAGAACGUGAAUGGUGAGGAGAAGUUGGUCAAGACCGGGGAGAGCGAGACCAUUCCCUGCGGCCUGGUCCUCAGGAGUAUAGGCUACAAGAGCGUCCAGGUGGACGACUUCAUCCCGUUUGACCACCAGAAAGGAGUCGUCAAGAACGAACUGGGCAGGGUCGAGGGAAUACAAGGUCUGUACUGCAGCGGAUGGGUGAAGCGAGGCCCUAAGGGUGUGAUCCUGUCAUCAUUGAAUGACAGCAUAGAGACAGCCAAGUGCAUGCUGGACGACAUCAACUCAGGGGCCAUGGACACCACCAAACCUAACGGACAGGACAGGGUUCUCUCACUCCUUGCAGAAAGAGGGGUAACGCCCAUCACUUUCUCUGAUUGGACCAAGAUCGAUGCGGAGGAGAGAGCGAGGGGGGAGCUGGUCGGGAAGCCUCGUGAGAAGAUGACCAGGAUCGAAGAAAUGAUGGAUCAUGCACUCGCAGAGAAGGAGAACGACGGACAGGAGGAGCGAUAACCGUCACGCAACAAGAUGCUAUCUCCACCUCGGUCAUCCAUCUUUAAAGGACAAUGAGAAAUGGAGGGAAAGGUCGGCAAGAAAUGAGUCUGAGCACUGGUUUAACAUUUGCUCAAUUAUUGCAUCCCUGAUGGUGCAUAUUCUGCUAAAAGUCCAGGUUUCCGGAUUCUUGGAAAUCUGGGAAACUUUCCCUGUGUAUGGAUGGCCGUCUACCUCGAGUUUGAGAGCUUAAAGGAGCUCUUCAAUUAAUAGAUAGAGGGUGUUAUGGUUGCUUUAUCAGCAAUAUUUCAGCUCCUAGUCCCUUAAGCUCUUUUC